GCAGGGCGGUGUCUCAGUGGGAGCCUCCGGCCUGCCUUGCCGACCCUGUGUUUGCCGGCAGAGGAUGACUGCGGAGGCGCAGCGGCGAGUGGUGCUGGAGUACCUGCGGGCCGUCAUGCAGAAGCGCAUCUCCUUCCGCAGUGCAGAGGAGCGCAAGGAGGGUGCCGAGAGGAUGGUCCGGGAGGCCGCGCAGCUCCGCCUCCUGUUCCGGAAGCUGGCCUCGGGGUUUGGUGAGGAUGCAGAUGGGCACUGUGACACCAUUGUGGCCAUCGCGGAAGUUAUUAAGCUGACGGACCCGUCUCUGCUCUACCUGGAAGUCUCCACUCUGGUCAGCAAAUACCCAGAUAUCAGGGAUGAGCACAUUGGCGCACUUCUGGCCAUGCGAGGGGAUACCAGCCGGGACAUGAAGCAGACCAUCAUCGAGACGCUGGAGCAGGGCCCGACGCAGGCAAACCCAAACUAUGUGCCAAUCUUCAAGGAGAUUGUGGUUCCCAGUCUGAACGUGGCAAAGCUCCUCAAGUAGCCUGUUGGGCCACAGCCUUGUUGCGAUGCUGUGCCCGUCACCCCCCCCCCCCCCCGCCUUGUGUGGCGGCCAGAGCAACACGAGACACCCAGGACAUGCAUGCCUUCCUCUCUCGGUGUCGUGCUCAG